GAAAAAAGACCUUAGUGUGUCACAAAUUUCAAUCAAACAAGAAAAUGAGUUUAUUUAGCAGUCUUAGGAAACUAUGAAAUUUGUGGCAGCCCUUCAAAGUGUCCCAAGAUUUGGGUUGUUUUACAGGAAUAACUAAAUUCAUGGAACGGUUAAGCAACGAUUCAAGCUCAGGCAAAAAUAUCCUCAGCUAUUUUACUUUAAAGCAUUCUAAGUGUGUUUUCCUUUGGAAGGCAUCAACAUCAGGAAUAUGCCAUCUUCCAGAAAUGCAUUCCUACACCAACAAGGCUCUUAAGAAGUGGGAAUUCCUGUAAGGGCACACCCUUGAGCAACUAUUACACUGCAGUGAGCUCUUGAGAAUAUUCUGGAAGCAUCACUGGUGAACGGCUGUUUCUCUGCAGGGGAGGUAAAUGAAAUUCAGCAGAAGAGCAGCUCUUGGGAGGAGAAACACGGCUUUGCCUCUUGGACUGUUUUUCUACCAGAAUGGGUUUACUGAGAGCUACGUUCCUCUGGAGCUUUAAUGUGAACCGUUGAACAUCACCCCGCCUUUUUCGAAAUUACAAAAUACCUUCUGUCUUUGGGAUGGCGGGAAUGUUAAGUUUGGAAAUUAAAUGCCUAAGACUUCAGAUAACCGAAAUGAGAUACGUGCAAUUGCAUUCCAUGAAGAAUUUCUUCAGCCCAAUCCCUUGCAUCUUAUUCACCAAGGCACAGAAACUUUCCAAAUUUUGCACCCAAAAAAGGGAGGGGAAAUGCAAGGGCUUUGCUGCAGUUCCUGGGACGCUCUGGGAGCCGUUUUGUUACAAGUGUAUCCAAAGUCCCUAGCACCAGGGACUUGUGGGGCGCUGCUCAUUCCUGCCCCACUCGCUCGGCAGCUCCCAGAGGUGACGGUUGUGCUAUGAAGGUAGAUCUUACCAAGCUGGCCGACAAGAUGCUGCGCACCCCCAAGUGCUCCCGGUGCCGGAACCAUGGGUUCCUGGUGCCCGUAAAGGGCCACGCGGGCAAGUGCCGCUGGAAGCAGUGCACCUGCGAGAAGUGCUACCUGAUCACCGAGCGCCAGAAGAUCAUGGCUGCGCAAAAACUGCUCAAGAAGCAGGCCUCCGAGGAAGAGCAGGAGGUGGCCCUGGGUGCGCAGGGGCCCCAGCUGGCCUCCGGGCCUGGCCCCGUCCUGGGCUCAAGCUUCCGCCCGCUGCCAACGCUGGCCGCUUCGGGAGACCCAGAGGGCCGCGCGGCCCCCGGCUUCCUGGAGAGACCCCCGCGGGGCCCGAGCCCCGGCCCGAGCGCCUUCCAGCCAGUUCUGGGCGGCCGCGGCCACGUGGGGCCAAGAGAACGCGCCGCCGCCGCCGCCGCGGUCAUGUCUGGUUCUCUGGGGCCCCAGCUCGGGGCGGAGGCCGCAGGCCGGGGAUUUUCCGGCCGCCUGGAGCUGCGCAGGCCUCUGCGGCCUGUGCCCAGCCCGCCGUUCGCCGACUUCGGGCUCCCUCUGAGCCUCAACCCGGAUUAUGUGGUGGGGUCUGAGUACCUGGAGAGAGAACCAUCUAAGCUGUACCCAAGCUGCACCAGCAUGCACCCCUACCGCCCGUUCCCGCUGGGCUACCAGGAUGCUCCCCCGACCCCGGGGAUCCCCCUGCAGCGGGGCUUCCGCCAUGUGCCCUGCAGCUAUUACCAUGGAGGAGGCUUGGUGGGAGAGCCCAUGGGAGACUUCCACCCGGGCGGCUACUACCCGCCGCCGCCGCCGCCACCGCCACCACCGCCGCCGCCGCCUCCACCCCCGCCACCGCCGCCGCCGCCGCUGCAGCCUCAGUUCCUGCCGCCCGGCUUCCUCUCCGCGCUGCACUUCCUCCCGCCGCCGCCGCCGCCACCGCCCCCAUCGUCCUUCUCGCUGAGCCUCCUGUCGGACGCGGACAAUGAGAACACGGAUGACCAGGAUGCGGAGCAGCCAUGCCCGCCCCGUCAGCCGUCACCCCAGGAGCAGUCUGACUAGGCCCAGGCCUCCAGCCCGCAGCCUGGAGCCUUGGGGGGCUACAGCAGUGCUGUUCUCGACUGUUCAGUGCUGGGCAGGGCGGGAGGCUAGUGGUAGGCGUAAGAUAGCAGUUCAUUCCCAUUUCAAGAAUAGGAGGAGAGGCGGGUGAUCGCGGAGGUUCUUAGUCCGGAGCCGGAGGUGGGUGGCGUGGAAGAGGAGCAGGGCAGGUGAAGUCACCAGGACAGGGACGGGGCUCUGAGGAGGGUACGGGGCCGGUGGAAGCUCACAUUUCGGAAUGAAUUGAACCAUCUCUGGGUUGUGCGCCUGUGAGCAGACUCACCCCCAGAGGCAGCCUUUGAUUUCCUCAGGUCCGGCUCCAGAACAGGAGGCUCUGUCUGCUCCAGCCUCCUGCUGCCGCUGCCUCUGCCUGGUCCCCAGCUGGGGGCAGCACAGACGCCAGGCCUUCAGCACAUCCAGGUGGAUGGUGCGAGCCGCCAGGACCAGGGCUCUGCAGCGGCCUUCCUUGCUGCCCCGUCCCCUGCCCCUCACCCCUUCUCCAGGGGCCGUAGCAGUAAGCGUUCUGCCUGCCGGGGCAGCAUCACCUCUCCUCCAUAAAGUUUAAGCCAUUAGAGGCAUCAUUUCUAGUUUUUAAAAAAAAUCUAUUAAAGUUUGACUAUUUGGUGGUUUUA